AAGGAAGAUUUUAGUCUUUCGCACUUAAAAAAAAGUUUGGAGACCAACAUGUUUUCUUGUUUUAAAAGACCUUGAAGAAAUGUUUUUGACAAAUACUUGUAUUGCUUUAUGGUUUUCCUUCUCUUCUGCUUACGAAAACUUGGCACUUAAUAAACCAGCUCAUGAAGAGUACCCAUACAACAAUGCUUUUGAUACUGACGCCAGCAAGGCUGUUGAUGGACUUAAGACUGAUCUGAAUGGUCUUGGAGGACAAUGUUCAUUAUCAGCCUCAAAUCAACGUACCUCCACCUGGUGGGUCAAUCUGACCAGUACCCGCAGUAUCCACGACAUCCGGAUCUAUUACAGGACAGACAAUGUAUAUUGGGAUGCAGCAAACGGAUAUACGUCAAGGUUUCUGGGAUUUUCUAUAUACGUCUCAAACACAACAAACAAGUUGGAGGGAAAACUUUGCUACAAAGACAGAAACUUCACAAGAAGCACGAUACCAGCUGUCUUUAACACCACCUGCUUUGUACAUGGUCAAUACGUCAUCUACUACAACGAGAGACUACCAGGAGUUAUCUAUCCUAGUGGUUAUUCUGUCUACGCCUAUAACAACCUCUGUGAAGUAGAAGUCUAUGGAUGUCCUACACCUGGUUACUAUGGUAUCAAUUGCAAUAUUCCCUGUCCUGACGUCAACUGUGGAUACUGUCACAUCGAAACGGGCACCUGUCAGGGGGGAUGUAGACCUGGAUACAAAGGACACCAGUGUGAAUUGGAAUGUGACAAUAGAAAAUACGGAGACGGAUGCCAAAGGAAUUGUGGGAAUUGUUUAAAUAGAGCGCAAUGUGACCACGUAAUUGGAACUUGCUUACAGGGGUGCGAGGCAGGGUACAAAGGUCAAAUGUGUGAUCAAGAAUGUGGAGUAGGUUUUUAUGGCCGAGGAUGCACGAGUCAAUGCGGAAACUGUAGAGACCAAACAGAUUGCAGUCGCUUCAAUGGAAUUUGUUCAAAGGGCUGUCUUCCAGGAUAUCGCGGAGACACGUGCAAAGAACAAUGUGACAAUGGAACAUACGGGAACGGAUGCAAUAAAACAUGUGGUCAUUGCGUGAACAAGUCGCUCUGUAACCACGUGAACGGGACCUGCUUUGGGGGAUGUGAUCCGGGAUAUAGAGGUUCUCGGUGUUAUCAAGAAUGUACCAAUAACAAAUAUGGAGACGGAUGCCAAACAAACUGUGGACAUUGUUUGAACAUGAGUCAGUGUCACCAUAUAAAUGGAACUUGUUUUGACGGCUGCGAUCCUGGAUAUGAAGGCCAAAGGUGUAACCAGGAAUGUCAAAAUAGAUCAUAUGGUUACCGAUGCCAGAGGAAAUGCGGACAUUGUUUAAACAGCUCCAAAUGUGAUCACGUUGAUGGAACUUGUUUACAGGGAUGUGCAGAGGGAUAUGGAGGACGCACAUGUAACCUAGUUAACUUGGCUCUACGCAAACCAGCAUAUGAGGAGAAAAUAUACAUCCAUGAUAACGUUAAUGCCGGCAAUGCUGUGGAUGGAAACAAAUCAAACUUGAACGGUUUAGGAGGAGAGUGUUCAAUAUCAGCUGAGAAACAACGCACUGCCACCUGGUGGGUUAAUCUAGAGAGCAUCUAUAGCAUCCAUAACAUUCGUAUCUAUUACAGGACCGAGAAUUUUGCCUGGGGUCCAUUAAACGGGCAUACAACGAGGUUUCUUGGAUUUUCAAUAUAUGUCUCAAACACAACAGACAAGUCGGAGGGAAAACUUUGCUACAAAGACAGGAACUUCACUAGGAGCACGAUACCAGCUGUCUUUAACACCACCUGCUUUGUUCAUGGUCAGUACGUCAUCUACUACAACGAGAGACUGUCAGGAGUUACCUAUCCUAGUGGAUAUUCUGACUACGCUAUUAACGAACUCUGCGAAGUAGAAGUCUAUGGUUGUCCCCGACCCGGAUACUAUGGUAUUGACUGUGACCUCCCCUGUCCUGACGUCAACUGUGGAUACUGUCACAUCCAGACGGGUACCUGUCAGGGGGGAUGUAAACCUGGAUACAAAGGGCACCAGUGUGAAUUAGAGUGCCAAGAUGGAUACUUUGGCAUAAACUGUGCUCGAGAAUGUCCUGCUAACUGUAACAGCUGUAAUAAAAAAUCUGGACUUUGUGAUCUUGGAUGUCAUCCGGGAUGGAAAGGGACACAUUGUACAGAAAAAUGUAAUGGUGGACUUUUUGGAGUGAACUGUAGCAUAUCAUGUGGACGAUGUCUUAAUCACCAACAAUGUCAUCAUAUAAACGGAACAUGUGUAACUGGAUGUGACCGAGGGUACAUUGGAAAGAAUUGCACUGAAGAAUGUGACGGUCAUACAUAUGGAUAUAAUUGUCAAGAGCACUGUGGAAUCUGUCGGAAUGGAGAGGAGUGUGAUACAGUGACUGGAGUGUGUCCCAAUGGCUGUGACACUGGUUACACGGGGGACAACUGUAAAGAAAAAUGCGAUGGUGGGCUUUUUGGAGUGAACUGUAGCACACCAUGUGGACACUGUCUUAAAAACCAACAAUGUCAUCAUAUAUUCGGAACAUGUGCAGAUGGAUGUGACUCAGGGUUUAUGGGUGACAACUGCGCGGAAGAAUGUAAUGGUGGACUUUUUGGAGUGAACUGUAGCAUAUCAUGUGGACGAUGUCUUAAUCACCAACAAUGUCAUCAUAUAAACGGAACAUGUGUAACUGGAUGUGACUCAGGGUACAUUGGAAACACUUGCACUGAAGAAUGUGACGGUCAUACAUAUGGAUAUAAUUAUCAAGAGCACUGUGGAAUCUGUCGGAAUGGAGAGGAGUGUGAUACAGUGACUGGAGUGUGUCCCAAUGGCUGUGACACUGGUUACACGGGGAACAACUGUAAAGAAACUUGUAGUAACAACACGUAUGGACUCCUUUGUUCGUUGACUUGUGGUAACUGCGUUGACAAACAACAAUGUCAUCACGUGACCGGAAAAUGCCCAGAAGGAUGCGCUGUGGGAUUUCAAGGAGAAAAGUGUGACAAAGUACAGUAUCUCCCACCGUCAGCAGAGUCUGCUGACCAUCCCUCCAUUACUUACAGUGUUUCUGCAUUGCUCGCUCUCUGUGUUAUCGUUAUCAUUUUUCUUACCUUAAGAUUAUGCAAAAACGAACAAUGUUAUAAGUGCCAUCAGCAUAAGCAACCGAAGGACAACAAACCUGUAGACACUGCACCAUCUACAACUGGUCACGACGUUAACGUUGAUGACGGCACGGCAUACCAGGAGCUCAACGAAGUCACCAAUCAACCACAGAGAGUCGAUCUUGGUCACACCGCCGUCAACCCUGAUUUUUACGUCAACGUUGAGGGAGAUAACUCAGCUUAUCAGGCGCUAGGAGAAGUUACCCAGCCGUUUCUCUAUGAUACGCCUUUCCAGAAAUAAGCAAUUUCUACGUUAAUGCAGAUGGGUGUAAAAUUUCCAAAAAAAUCCUUUAAAAAAUGCUAAUUCUUAAUCGCAAUAAUGCAGAUAUGACCCAAUUGUUCAUUUUGUUGUAUAAACAACACACUGCGUAACAAAGCAAAGUUUUUGGAAUCCAAGAAAUCUAUCAACAUUUUUUAUAUAUUUUUUUUUUCUCUGCUUAUUUUUAGUCAUGGUAAAUGAAUGGAAAUUGUGGGGUUUUUCACGCCAUGGCAGUUAUCCAUGUUCUGUCUUAGUAACACGUAUUUUAAUACGAUGUUUUUUUUUUAAAGUUCGGGGCGAACUUCAGGUAAGUUGUCAUAGAUACCGGUAUUACAAUCUCAAAGUAUAGAUACGUACAUGUUUAUUUGAGGUUUAUACCUGAGUAAUCAGCAGUUAUUAUUGCUUUGCUUGUACAUCUGCUUCUACAUAUAUAUGCAAUUUAUUAAAAAUCAGUAUUUGUUUUCGCAUUUCAACUUACUAUAUAUGUUCACCCUGUUUUGAUUCUUCUUGCGUU